AUGAAGCCCUUAUAUGAGGAAUACCAAGCACACGGUGGGACCAUAAUCAAACCUUAUUACUGGCUUAGCUUCUCCCUGGAUUGUACUAACUGUCCUUACCAUAUUCGAACCGGGGAAGAAGCAAGAGUUUCGUACACAGAAUUCCAUCAGAUUUUUGGAUUCCCUCAUGGGCCCGUGUAUCCUCAACCAAAGCAUCUGACAUUUUAUGAACUCAAAAAUUCUUCUGGAAACCUGGUGCAAAAGGGCCAUGCCACCAACUGCACUGGGAGUCCUACCCACCCAGAAUCAAUGCUAUUUGAAAUACAUGGUUAUCUUGACUCGGUUAUAUCCAGUAACAGCAACAUUAAACAUAUCAUUCUGUAUUCCAACCACACUCCUUGUAAUGAAGCUAACGACUGCUGCAUCAGCAAAAUGUACCACUUCCUACUGCUGUAUUCAAACCUCACUCUUAGUGUUUAUUUUUCUCAGUUCUAUCACACUGGGAAUGAAUUUCCUACUGCACCGUGGAACCGUGAAGCUCUCCGAAGCCUGGCCAGCUUAUGGCCCCGGGUCACUUUGAGUCCAAUAAGUGGUGGGAUUUGGUAUUCUCUUCUCAACAACUUUGUUAAUGGUAUUUCUGGAUCCGCUGCUUUCCAGCCCAUUUUAGCUGGGAGAGCAAUGGCCGAUAGAUACAAUGCCUAUGAAAUCAACUGCAUAACAGGAGUGAAACCUUACUUCAUGGAUGUUAUUCCCCGCGCAAGUGAGGGUCAGAACGUAAUAUUUCAGGCAACUUUACAGAAUUCCUCCUUCAACAAUGUCUUCCACAGGACAAGUACACAACCAUCACCCAUCUUGAUUCCAGACCUCAAGAUUCCUAUCAUUUUUGUGCUGGUACCUUACAGAGAUCUACCACCAGGGCAUGUGAGUGAACACCCACAUAAACCCAGGAAUGUGGUGAGACACUUAAAUAUGCCUCAAGCAUCAUUCUAUGAAGCCAAGGAGCUCAGCAAGCUUCCCAUGGGAAGGCCAGUGGAGAUGGAGGAAAUGACAGAAAGCUCCGCAAGCAGCGAAGAGACAGACGAAAACAAGGAUGAAAAGAAAUGGAAUAAAUGA